CGCACACGCACAAAUAUCCUGCUGGCCAUAUUGUGUAUCCACCUCCUAUAUCGGCUGCGUCACACCUAAGACAACCAUCGGCGAGGCUAUUAAAGAAACAAGAGCAAGGCACCGAGUAAGGACAAUAUAAACCGAGCUGAUUCACGCCUUCUCCGGUCAGCACAAUGGUGAAACUGGGGAACAAUUUCGGCGACAAGAAUAGCGGCAAGGUGGUUUCUGAAGACGGAUUCGACACCAUCCCGCUCAUAACGCCGUUAGAUGCCAGCCAACUGCAGUUCCCUCCGCCGGACAAGGUGGUCGUGAAGACUAAAGCAGACUACGAUGGCGAAGGCAAGAAGGGAAAGCUGAGGUCUCCAAAAAUUGCCGAGUUUUCCAUAAGCAUCAUCGAAGGGGUGUCUGAGCGACUCAAAGUGACUCUGUUGGUGAUCUGUGUCCUCGCCUUCCUAGUUUGUGUGGUAUUUCUGGUGGUCUAUAAAGUCUACCAGUAUGAGCAGCCUUGCCCUGACAGCUUUGUAUACACGCAAGGUCGCUGCAUGCCAGCAGGGAUGUACGGCUACUACCCGCCUCAGGGCCCCGGCGGUCGUGGGCACCUCUUCACCAUCAUCAACCACUACAACAUGGCCAAGCAGACCAUCACAAGGUCGGUAUCACCGUGGAUGACCAUCAUGUCCGAGGAGAAAGUCACUCAGCAGGAGACGGAGACCGCCCAGAAGCUAGCUUAACCGACCUCGGGGUCCCCAGGUGACGUCACCUGCUGUGGGAAAAGAAAUAACAUGGCUGUGCUGCUCAAUCAAAUCUCAAAUCAGCUGGUUCAUGUCAAAGCUGCUACACCGACCUUAACGGUAGUUUGUUCAAUUGGAGGGUACCGUAAUGAGAACGAUUGGAACGUGUUUUUUUUGUUUCUCAACAAGGGUUACAGAUGAGUAGGUUUCUGGUUUGUUUGAAUAGCAUAGCAUGAACUUAAAAACAGUGAUAAACGUGUCGAAAAAGCCACAGGAAUACGCUGAAACACAGACACUCACUGACAACGUCUUUGUACAUACACAUAUGUAAUGGAGAACUGUUAUCACUUAAGUACUCAGAUUGUGAAAUGACUGUGAAUCUUCCUUAGUCUGCGUAGCUCAUUCAGAUGCACACGCGCGCAUGACUCCAGUAACAAUCAGUUAGCAUUCAGUCGCUUUCCUUUUCGAAUACGUCAGUUACUGAUAGCGUACAUAAAUAAUUUUUUUCUGGGAUCCAGUCAGUGGCUUUUUGCUUAUGGAGUGAUGUAAUGGUUUGCAUAUUUGCCACAAUGGCCAGCUGCCAACAUAUUGAAAACGCAUUACAUUGUGAACUAAUAAGGUUUGACCUGAGAGAACACAUUUCAGCCGGUGGAAAUCAAGAGCGUUAAGUCAUUUCUUGGUUCGACUCAGCACAUCUCUCAGACUUCCUGCAUACAGUGCUUUUUAACAGUUGUAGGUAUCUGAUGCAGGAAACCUUCUCAGCCAGCUUUAACACGUGUCUCUUUGUGAGCACUGUACAUUAUACAACAUUUUUUCACACUAUGUUACAUGAGACCAGUGUAAAAAUGGCAAUUUUUCACAGCAGCUUUUGUUUGUUUUUUUUAAAUUCUACUGUACUGAAGUCCCUGCAUUGCUAGUGAACAUACCGUCUUGUGCAAUGCUCUCAACUGAAUUAUGUAGAUGUAACCAUGAGUGAUGGCUAUUGGAGGCCAUCACAAAAGACACUAGACUUAAGUUUAUGUAGUGGAAAAACCUGUAAAUGCUUGUCCUGUUGCUUUUUUCUGACUGUCAUUUCACUUAAAAUCACGAAUUAUGUACCUUUUUCAGACAAUGUAAGGAAUACCAUUGAAGUGCAUUUGCUACUUAAAAAUGUAAACUUAAAAAUAGAAAUAAAGUGCCCACAUUUCUCAUCAGCGGUAAAUUGGACUCCAUGUAUGAGUAAGAAC